GGAUUUACGGGAAAUCUCCGAGAAAUUUCUGUGUAUUUUAAUAAUACAUUGAUGGUACAACUGUCGAAGGAAAUGCAAAAACCGAGAUCGAUGAAUUUAUCUGGAUUUGACGUUUUUACUCCACAAAAAUUGGUUAAGCUUACUUCAGUAGAUGCUAUUAAUGUUCAAUUAAGAAUGAUAAGUGGGAAUUUAGAUGUUGGAGUCGAUGAAAAGUUUUCUACAGAAAUGGAGCGAAUUACUAAAAAGAAACCUCCAAAAGAGACAAAUAUCCAAAUGAUAUUUACUGAAUUUGGCAAUUCAUUUGAGGGUAAUACUUCCCAAAUCUUUAAAGAUUUACUUCCAUAUCCCGAACAAGGAAAGAUUUAUAUCGGGUUUCCAACUCAUCAAACCACUGGAUGUUGUUUUAAUUUUGCAGCUCGUGUAAUUCCCACUGUGGUCCGAGAGUCGAUUGACUUGGUAGAAAAAACUUUGGCUAUAUAUAACGAAGUGUUGCUACGUAUAGCAGGAACAUUGUGUCGAAUUGUAUAUGAAGAUGAAAUGAGUCAAAUAAAACAAAUUUAUAAUGAAACGUCUGGCGUUGACAAUGAAUCUGACGAUGAAAAUACUAGUAAGCCCGUAAACGGCUUGAAAGUCGAGCAAACAAAAAUUAUCUAUUUUGUCAAAAAAUGGGUGUAUCCAAUAUCUAGUGUUUUCAUUCCUAAUCCAAGAAUGGCGGGAUUCAUAAAAAAAGUUCCAGUCGUUUCAGAUAUGAUAUAUGAACGAUGUGGGACAUUUUUUAUAAAAGCAUUUGCAAUGAAACUUAUAAAAAAAUUAACCUUUCAAGAGGUUAUACGUGAAUUGAAAAGUCGAAGACUUUGUGAAGAUGAAAUUAUUGAGCUUUUGGAAUGGUGGAUUUUUAAUAGGUCAAAUGGAAAUAAUAAUAAUUUAGAGAAAUCAGAGUUCAUGCAAUAUGUUAUGAUACGUAUUG